AUGCUUGGACUUGGAAACAGCGGUGGUAUUCUUUCAUUAGUCACUCCACAAGGGAAAGUUCCUGGAACAGGGCUUUCAGAAAUUGUCAAAAACCUCAACAGUUAUGCAAGCGAUCCAACAGCUUCACUUUUGUUUGGCACUGGUUCCAAUGUCAUAAAUGAUAUCCUCAACUUGGUUGGUGCAGAGUUACCAGGCCAAUGGGGAGACUAUUCAGCCAAUUCUGAUAUUGGUCCGAGUGUUUUUUUUGUGGUUGCCUUUUCGAUUUUCACAGCGUCUUAUAUUUUCAUAUUUACGCGAAACUGCAUGCGCGGUCAUAUUUUUUUCCCAACAUUAGGGCUUAUUAUUUACUCUCUUUUGCGGGCCAUUGCUUUUGGUUUGCGCGUCAAUUGGAGUAAAAAUCCAACUAAUAUUGACUUGGGGAUGACCUCAAGUGGACUUAUUUUUGGGCCUGGGAUUUUUAUUUGUGUGACCAACAUGUUAUUUGGCUUGAGAAUAUUUACAUGGCGCCAUCCUGAGUUCAACAAAAAUAUAGUUUUUAAUGGUGCUGUUUUUUUUGUCAAUAUGGCGAUAAUUGGAAUGUUCAUCAUGGGUCUUUCAGGAGAAGGGCUGCCGUUUGCCAACUUUAUGACGCGCCAUCGUUACACGGUUUGCCAGCGGCUUGGUAGUGCAGGAGCUGUUGCCACGGCUCUAUACACUAUGAUGGGAGUUGGGCUGAUUGUGCUUGGUUAUGUGAUCAAGCCAGGACAUAUUGAAGGGAGACUGGGUUUAGUUUGUGGAAGGUUUGGCAGUCGCCGUAACGGGAUGAACACACCACUGCAAACAUUUUCCGCUGGAUGGGUACGUUCAGCAGACUUGUUUUUCUAUCCUGCUAAAGGUUCGCAGGUGAGGUACACGCGUGGGGAGUCCGAGUCGCGGGCAGUGAGAGUGAUUGCUACUCGCAAGGCACCUGCUGGCGGGUUGUCAACACAUACGUUUGGGAGUGGGUACCAAGGCUCUUCAGGGCACGGUCCGCGCAUGUCAACUAACAUUUGGAUAGUUGUUGUGACCUCAGUUUUGCUGUGCAUUGGGGCAUCUCUGCGGGCGGCUUCUACGUUUCCUCGAACUGCGCGCGGUGGGUUUAACGGCGUGCCUACUGGUAGUUGGAUGUACCUCAGUUGGCCUAUGUAUGUAUUUACUGGAGCGUUUGAGUGUAUCAUAAACAUAAUUUACUUGGCUGGGCGAGUGGAUUUGCGGUUUUACAUUCCAGACAUGCCCAGGAAAGUUGGGGAUGGGCCGAUUGAGGGAGACAGCCAGAACGAUGUUGAGCUAGAAAGUUAUAUGUUGCAGAAUCAGUCAAAGCCAGAGCUUGUACGAGUUGUAGAGUAA